AUGUCACGCAAUUUCUCUCGUUCGGGGCUAGGCCCACGUGGUGAUUUAAGAAAUUCGCGUUACCUUUUUGACGAACAAGUACCUUACGAGGACGAUCGACGACGUGAUCAAUUGUUUAGAGAUCGUGAGUUUAGAGAGCGGGCAUGGCGUGAUCGCCAGGUCCGCCAUGACCCUAGUGUCUUUCGAAGUAGAUCCCCUAGACGUAGACCAGAUUAUAGCGUUGCUUACGAUCCACCCCCUUUUUUCGAUGUGAAUGAGGCCUACGGUCACCAGUACGACACGCAGUUUGAUCCUUACGAGUAUGACCGAUUGUAUUACGACGAUCGACACGACGAUCGCUACGACGAACACUACGGCGACCGCUACGACGACCGCUACGACGUCCCGGAUGACAUGGCCGAGACAGAUGCGGAUUACGACGGAGAUAGGCCAGGGCCAGCUGCAGGACGGUACGAGGAGGAUGAGACGGUCGAGCAAGGGCGUUCGUGGCGUCCUAGUGGCUCGGAAGGCAGACCAACAGGUGAGACAGACGGGAUCGUUGCUGAGGAACCGCCGACUGUGUUGCAGCCUACCUUACCACCGUUGGCCGAAAACGCUCAGGAUGCAACGUUAUUUCCAGCUCCUGUCGUGUCCAAGGAGAUGUUUCAAGAGAUCGCUUUGCUAUUAUCAGCUGGUGUCUCGACGGACCAAUCGAAACUAGUAUCGAAAGAAUUUCCGUUAGCUUUCGAAGAGGAGAAUUUAACGCUUAAGCCACCGAAGUUAGACGGGUGGAUGAGCCGUCGCGCGCGCGAGAAAAAUACGCUCAAGAUAGUAAACUCGUCGGAAGAAGCUCUGAUUAAAACUCAGCUUAAAAUCAUGGACAUCGGGCCACCGCUCAUCGAUCUGUAUGCGAGGGUGGUAGCCGUAGCGGACGAUACACCAGCAGGUGUUCGUUCCCGUCGUUCCUUACAAGCGGCUUUGCAGCAGUGGGGAAGAGCCUACGCUCACAUUUCCAGAAAGCGCAGAGAGGCAAUCGUCAACGCUACGGACCCCAGAGUAGAUUACCUGCUGAAAGACGAGACAGUCUUUACCAGGGGAAAGGAGGCCCGCGAGCACUUUUUCACUGGUGAGUUCUUGGAGCUCAUGCUUAAGGAGGCCAGCCAAGAUGAGACUCUAGCACGACGCGAUCAAGCGGCAGCUGCCGCUUCCCGCGGAAGAAGGAACCCGAUUCGUAUGGCCGGAUACGGAAAUUCAAGUGGCAGUUCCGCCCCUCGUGUUUAUGGGGACGAUUUUGAACCGACGGCCCGCGGCAGAGGUAGAGGCAGAGGUGGCCACGGACGUGGCGUCUCCAGAGGAAGGUAUGAAACGUCAAUUUCUCUUGUUUCUGUAUCCCCUGCUGCCCCAAUUUUUUGUAACGGAGAGAUAGGUACUAGACUCAGUCUUUUCUCUGAACGGUGGGGAUCGGUCACCAGAGACCCUUGGGUGCUAGAUACAGUAACCAAUGGCCUUAGAAUUAGUUUCAUUUCUCAACCAAUUCAGCGUAUGUUCCCGCGUGAGGUUGUCAUGUCGGAAGAAAUGCAAGCUGUUUGUGAUGCCGAGGUGGCAAGCCUUUUAGCCAAGAAGGCAAUUACGGCAGUUGAGGACGAUUCGGUAGGAUUCGUUUGUUCUUUUUUCUGUAUCCUAAAGAAGACGGGGGGAUUUCGGCCCAUCGUCAAUCUAAAGCCCGUCAACCAUUUUAUUAGGUACGAACACUUUAAGAUGGAGAGCUUAGAGACCGUCCGGUUUCUCGUCAGGGAAGGGGAUUGGUUUGUUAAGCUUGAUCUCAAGGACGCUUAUCUGACCGUUCCCGUGCAUAAUUCUCACUAAAAGUACCUGCGUUUUGCUUGGCGGGGGCGUAUUUAUCAAUUCGGUUGUAUGGCCUUUGGACUUUCCCCGGCCCCCAGAAUUUUUACUAAACUUUUGAAGGUCGUAACGGCUAUCCUGAGGCAGCAAGGCCUCCGAUUAGUUAUCUUCCUAGACGACAUUCUCAUUUUGAACAGUACAGAAGGGGGGGUUAGAAACGAUCUUAAGACGACAUUGGAUCUAUUGCAGAGUUUAGGUUUUCUGGUGAAUUGGGAAAAAUCCGUCGUUGCCCCCUCCCAAAUAAUGGAGUAUUUAGGAAUGAUAGUCGACUCUAUCAAAAUGUCAUUCUCGCUACCCGCAAUUAAAGUUCAGGAAGUAAAGAGACUAUGCGAGCAAGCACUGGAGGCUAAAUGUGUAUCACUGCGGUCUAUUGCGUCUAUCUUGGGAAAUUUUACGUGGGCCAUCCCGACUAUUCCCUAUGCUCAAUUCCACUAUAGAAGCAUGCAGCGCUUUUAUUUAAACGAGUCAAGAAGAGCAAGUGGUAACCUCAAUACGAAACGAGCCCUCUCGCCUGAGGCGGAAGCAGACUUAAGGUGGUGGUUAUCAAAUUUGGAGGUAGCUAAUGGGAAGGUGUUUUUCCCGAAAAGUCCCGAUAUCGAAAUCUGUUCAGAUGCGUCGCUUUCCGGAUGGGGGGCGGUGUGUAAUGGCGUAGCAACUCGGGGCCCAUGGACGGUUGAGCAGUUAGGGCUGCAUAUUAAUUGCUUAGAGCUUUUGGGCGCUCUCUUUGCACUAAAAUCGUUCGUAGGGGCCUCACAUCGAUUAUCAGUAAAAAUGUAUCUGGAUAAUUCAACGGCGGUGUGCUACAUUAAUAAAGGGGGUGGGACCAGAUCUGCUGAGCUUACUUCUAUAGCUAAGCUAAUCACAGAUUUCUGUGAACAGCGGCAAUUGUCCAUAGAGGCAGUUCAUCUGGCAGGCGCAUUAAAUAUAGAGGCGGAUGCAGAGUCUCGUUCUGGCCCCGACGCCAGUGAUUGGGUUUUGAACAGAGACGUUUUCCGUAAUCUGAGAGAAAUUUGGCCGAUGGACGUCGACUUUUUCGGAUCGUUCUGGAACGCCCAAUUACCACGAUAUGUCUCUUGGCGACCGCAACCAGAGGCCAUGGCCGUUAACGCCUUUUCAGUAAAUUGGGGUGAUUUCGUGGGGUACGUGUUUCCACCUUUCUCAAUGAUCCCGAAGUGUCUAGAGAAAAUAAGAAGGGAAAAGGCUAACGUGAUAAUGAUUUGUCCAGUUUGGCCGGCUCAGCCCUGGUAUCCGGUUAUGUUGGAAAUGGUAUGCGAGACUCCGCGGCUCCUACAUCCGUCCAUCGACCUACUGAUGUCGCCUCAAGGCGAACCGCACCCCUUACUGGAAUCCGGCACACUUCAAUUGGCCGCUUGGAAAUUGUCCGGCAAAAUUUCAGAAGGAGAGGCUUUUCGAGGCCUCUGGUCGAACUUCUCGUGGCCGGGAGCCGGGCAUCAACACUUUCAACUUACGAAUCAGCAUGGAGAACUUCGGCAACUUGGUGUUAUCAACGGGGUGAAGAUCCCUUGUCUACCACUCUAG